CUUUAUAUUUAUUGUUAUUAUGUAAUUUUUCAUUGUAAUUAAUUGUUUUUGCAGCUAAAGGAAAUAUUUAUAAUGCAUUCAAACAUAAUACUGUGCUUGAUGCUGUACUUAUUUUUUGUCCAAUGUUACUUCGUCCCUGUUUGCAAAGUGCCAUGUAUUGACUUGAUGAUGGCUCUUGGGAAAUAGCAGAAUAGCCCAAGUAUAGUUCUGACUUUUCUUGUGUAUUUUAUUGAAAUGUAUGCAUUAAGACAUUAAUCCUUUUUUGUAACAUUGCAUUACACAUACACGAAAUGUACCCCAUCUUCAUCAAAUAAUUAUGGGUCAUUCAAAGUAUCUAUAUUGUUGUAACUAUAUAAUUUUCACUGAAUAGUUUCAUGAAUUAUUUUUCAGAGAGCAAGAAAGGUAUUUGAUCCAUCAGAUACUCACAUUCCAAAGAAGCGUGGCAGACCAGUUGGGUCUCUAAACAAGUCAACAAUUGAGAAACAAAUGGCUAAGACCAGUGAUGAUAGUCGUCCAGAGUCCAGGACAUCUAGUAAUGGCAGGGAGCAAGGAGGAGUGUGCUCUGUGUGUAGACUGCAGAACAAGAGAGGUCCGAAUGACAAGAUGGUGGCAUGUCGGGAGUGCAGUAACAAAGCUCACUACAGUUGCCUGAAUGGUGAUGACAUGAUGUUGAAAAUGCAUCCAGAUAAUACUUGGCAAUGCCCACAAUGCAAGACUUGUGUUGUCUGUUUUGAAACUUCUGAUGCAGGUUACCUGACAGUAUGUACAGUCUGUGCUGAUGCAUACCAUUCUGGUUGCCAUCAACCAAGGAUAACAGAGAAGAUUCGAAAUGGGCAGAAGUGGUUGUGUUGCAAUUGUCAGAUGCCAGAAGAAUUGAAGAUCAACCAGAUACAGUCAAACAUUGGAAACUCGUUUAGUCAGAAGAGCCUAGUUAGUCAUAAAAGUAAUAUCUCAGACACGAACGACAUUAGCAACCCACCCUCAUCUUCAUCCUCAUCGUACGCCGCAUCACCACCUCUAUCACCAACCCCUCCUCCAAGACUCAGCCCCCAAACCACCAGAGAGGGUGCCACCAGGUCAAUCGUGAACGGCCGGCACUCUUCAGACGAAGACCGGAAGUCCGAUUCGGAUGUGGACGACAACAUCGAUCCGAGCAUACCUGAUGCCACGCAUUGGACUGCCGACGAGGUGGCUGAUUAUUUCGCGCAGUGGUUCCCUGAUGAGUCCAAGGUGUUCAGAGAACAGGAAAUUGAUGGGCGGUCGUUGCUGCUUCUCAAAAGGAUGGACGUCCUGACAAAUCUCAAUUUGAAGCUGGGACCAGCUCUGAAGAUCUACAGACAUGUAGUAAAAUUGCAAGUCAGACGAGAUGAUCCUAAACUAUAUUGGUUGUAAAUACGGUUUUGUAAUGUUGUGCAUAUUUUUGAGUGCUGAUUCAUUUUCUGUAUAGUAUUCUAACAAUAUAAACACAUGAUUUGUAUACACUGAGUACCAAAUUUGUCUGACGGCUACACAUAUGUUAGAAAGAGAUAGAAGCCGCCUGGAUAGUGAGACUCAUCACCGCGUUGCGUUGCGUAUGGUAUGUCGAAAUGAAAGGUCAGGAUUGCCACAAAUUCUGCAACAUUGCAUCAUUGGUUCGUUUGAUGUCACCGCAUCUUGUAUAUUACCUCCAUGAUCGUAGUUGAGCAAUUUUGAUCAAUACUCAUAUAUCGAUCGUAGGGAGUGUCGUCCUGCUUCGAAAUGGCUUUCACCUGCGUACACGCAGGUAGUGAUAAUUUGAAUUGCGUAAUGUUAUUUGUUACAUUUUCUGACCGCAGCGGUGUCGCAAAAUGUAACAAAACAACUCAGGAUGUGUUGAUCUUAUCACCAUCGGUGGAAAUUAAAGAUAAUUCUAAAUUAAAUUAUAACUGGAUCGCAUCAUAAAUGAAAUAAAUAAUUCCAAUCAAAAUAAAAACAAAAUAUCAAAUUAAAUGUUCGAACAGACGCCCUUGGAUUUGAGAGUAACCUAACCUAUUCUAGCAGCCUGCGCGAACGUUUUCUGGUGUAACACAGUGGCAAUACGGUAGAUUGCAUACCUUCUGCGUCACCGUUGCUAGGUAAUGUGGUGAUGACCUUUGCUCUUCAGCCGGCUUCUGUUUCUUUCUAACAUGUGUUGAUACGCACUUCUCGCGCUUCUGUCUCGUACACAUUGAACUGAAGCCGUCAGAUAAAUUUGGUUUUCCCUGUAUAAUCGUUAACAGCUGAGGUCUCUUUCAAGAAAAUUUGGAUUUUGAGAAUCAAUUGGCUUUCUUUAUGUCAUUGGUUUUCAAAUUCUAUGACGUUAUAUUAAGUUGAUUCCAAUUCGAUUAUGUGAAAUUUGUCAUAAAUGAUCUUUCUUCUUAUUCUUUAUUUAAUACUGCCGUUUUUGUUGAUAUUGAGUUGUCUAGAGUGAUAUAAAGUUGUUAUGCUAAGCACAUUACAUGAAACAGUGCAUGCAAAUGCUAAAACGCAUUCGUGUUAUAGUCUCUGUAGUUUAUAAAUGCUUUUUAUUUUGUAAUUUAUAUUAAGGGAUUCUAUUGUGAUUGUAUAUUUAAAAAGUAAAUAUAUCAAUAUUUCAUAAGAAA